AAACAACUGACACUACAACAAACACCAACAUGAAGUUCCUUGUUGCUUUCGUCCUCGUGGUGGUAGCCAUGGUGUCUGCGGAAAACCCCCGAUCGUACAGGCCCGUAUCGGCCCGCCAAUCGACUGCGCCAUACGAAGGGAGCGGCUGGAGACCAUCGGGGGCAGAAUUCAACUUACCGCAAAGAUUGCAACAGCAAACCCAGGAACCACAAGCAACCGAAACAGAAGUAACCACCGAGCAAACGACGACUGUGGAACCCGAGGCCGAAAACAUCGAUGACGCCGAGCAGGAACCCGCUCAAGCCCCACAACCGGGUCCCUACUACGUGGUGGUGCCCCAAAGGGAAAAACUCAUCCUGGCUCCGCAAGGCCAGCGUUUGGUGGCCCUGGCAAACAGCAGACUGGCGGCUGAACCCAGGAAACUCCCCAUCCAAGCAAUCCCCACUUUCGCCAACAUCCAGGAGGUUCCCGAAGUGUACGAGGCCUUGCCUCUGGUGCAGGCAGUACCGAUAGCCUCGUCAGCGUACAGUUCUGCAGUUUACACGCCUUUCAGCCAGUCUUAUGUGCAGGUUUAUCAGUAGAAUGUGGAAUAAAUUAUUGUAAUAAAAACGAAUACCUUGUAAACUGACUUUUAAUUUCACCAUCACAAAAUAAAAU